AUGAAAGCUAAUUCCAAAGAAUUAACAGAGUGUGAUGCUGUUGGAAUUAAUAUAGCCAAAAAAAUGGCUAAAAUGGAUCCUUUACAAGCCAUUUAUGCAGAAUCUAUAAUAAACAAUGUGCUACGCAGAGGAUUACUGAAAAAAUUGACAGAGAAGACUAAUCUGUGCAACCGAUGUUGCAGACGUGUUGAGACUCCAUCUUCUAUUCAUACAAAUGCAUCACGUUUAUAUAAUGAUGAUGAGCCACACGUAUUUCCAAAUUCAGAAACAGAACAGGUGGAAGCUAAUACUGACUCUUCACGUUCUUUUUGUGAACAGAAAACAUUAAACUGA